GGAGAGAAAGAGAAGGAGAGUUGAAAAGAAAAAAUCUCUCUAUAGGUCUCCUCCUUCUUCAAUCGACGGUGCAUAACUCUGUUUCGCGUUACGAUCGGCCUGACUUUCACGCGCACAGUCACACAGGAAAUGCAGUUUAUGGAUCGCCGCGCGAAAGUCUGAUAAGGAAAAUUGAGAGGAUGACGUCAGAGGAGAGUCGAAAUUGAUUCUCCGUCGUUCGAUUCGGUGAUGUCGAGGAUAACUCAAGUUUUCGUUUUCACCUUCCUCGUCGUCGUUCAAUUUUUCUCCUUCGAUUUCUCGUUCGAAUGUCGAAAAGUCGCAAGAAACGUCAAAGAUGACGGUAGUGCCGCUGGUGACAUCGCGAACGUGCACGCGGCCGUCAGUAAGCACGAGUUGCUGCACGAGCUGCGUACCGUUGAAUAUCGCUCUCUCAUAUUCUUCCAAUCAAAUUCGAGACUGCGUUAAUCUUCUCUUUAUCUUUCUUUCAAAUCGAUCGAAGAUCGUUCGAACAUUAUCGAGGAUUUCGAGGUCUCCUUUAGUCGAGUUGACGUCUUCUUUGUUCCAUUUAAUCGACGUCGCAACGCUGAAAUGAUUCCCGCGAAAAGGUUUAUGCUCAGAGUCUCUAUGGCACCGUGGUCUUGGAUGGAGAUUCCUGGCUUGUUUAUUGGCUAGAUCGAGCGUUACGGCAUGGUUUACGCGUAGAAAGACACGGAUAUUGGGGUACGGCCAGAGAACUAAGUCAUCAGGAUACCGUCGUGGUGAUCCAUGCUCUCCAAAGCGUACUAACUUCCAUAGGAAAAGUUCUAUAUAUUUUCUAGGUAGAGCAUGGUUAUAUCAUACCCUCAGCGAAGGCAGCUUCGAAAGUUAUUUAGCCUGCUUACUGCGGGAUAGCAAAACUUUAAAGAAACAAUACUUUCCCCAUGCGCUUGUCCGCGACGCCGAUAAGACCAACCAACUUGUGAAUCUCCUCGCUGGUCUAGAAAAUGUGUCCUUCACUUUACAAUUAGAUGUGACACACUUGGACAUCUGCAAUUAUAUGCCGCAAAGGCCUAUGAGCAUAAACUCUUCUGGAACCGUGUUAUCUUUACAUCUGAGAUCUUCUAGCGUAUGUUCGAGCUUAGCUUCGCCCGGCGAUAGUGGUGUUGCGUUUGACAGUGACAUGGACCUCGCGAAUGAAACCGAUGCCAGCAGUUAUAAAGAAGAAGACUCUUCGAUGGAUGAUAUUCCGGAUUAUCGAAAUAAUAGAUACAAAGUUAUCAUCAACAAUUGCAUACAAGAGAACAAAAAUUUUAGCUCGAGCGAUUCCAGCGAGGAUGGAAAGACACCGAUGCAGUCUCCUGCGGUUACAAAAUUUCAAAAUGUGAUUAUGACGAAGAGUGACAUCGCGAAUCAAAACUUAACCAGGAAGCUCGAAGAUAACGAACUCAAUUGUUCGAGUUUGGACACUUUGAAAAGUUAUGAUUUUUACAGCAGAAGCCUUGAUACCGUUCACUUGGACGCGGUGAACAAUAAAUGUGACAACGGAAUAAAAGAAAUAAAUAAAAGGAGCAGCUAUUACGGGGACGGCAGCUAUAGCUUCAAGAAGAACAUCGAUCCUCGUAAUUCCUACGUGAUUAAUAACGAUACAAAUCUCUUGGAAUUGAGUAUGACCAUUUCUGAUUGCGAUAAUAUAGAGCCUCCUUAUGGUAUUCUGAACACACUUAACGUGACGGAUGCGAGCAUUUUGUCGACAUCCAGCUCCGAAGCCAUAGUGCAACGUAGACAACGUAAGAAGAAGCGCGAGAGCAAGAAACGCGUUAGUUUUCACGAGGAUAUUCUAAAAACGAUGAAAUUAGAUGACGAUGAGAGCUAUGCGGAUUUCUCUAUGAGCUUUCUAACACCGAACUCGAUUCAAAAGAAGGACGCUCAGAAGGGACGUUACAGUUGGUGUGGACACGGAGAUUCUCCUUACGUUCAAAAGAGUACCAAUACGAGAAACGCGCAUUCCGAUUAUUAUUCCUUUUCUUCGUCGUCGAGCGUAUUCGACAGUGAUAUCGAAAAGAAGGGAACGCAGAAGUUAUGCAACCAGACGUUGUGUCAGAAAAAUUGUAAAUGUUCUUGCGAUCUAUCUCUGCCAGAACGUGGUUCGCCAGAAGGACAAGAAGAUCCAGCUAAAAGUUUAAGACCAAAGAUGGAGAUAGAAUUGGAAGAGAACGAGGCACAAGAAGCGUACAUCGUUGAAAAGCAGUACGGAAAUAUCGUCGAGGAUCCGCCGGUAAAAGUAGAAAUGCCGAGAGCACAGAAUUCUAAGAAAUACGCCAGUUCUAGCGAUUGGUCCGACGUAGAGAGCGUCGCAACUUCCGAUUUAGAAGAGCGCAAGAUCAAUAGGCAUUUGGCUUCGCCGUCUAAAAAACGUAACAUGACCUCGAUAUUAACCGGUGAAAGCAGUAGUAAAUUAUUAGCGCCUCCUUUACGACAAGCACCAUCGAAAACAUCGUUGUUGAGUAGAUUUUUGAGAUCUAUCACGGAGAGGAAAUUUGAAAGUAAAAAAACCAAGAAACCACAGAAGGCUAAUCCGUUGUACAUCAAAGGGGUCAAAGCAAAUUACGAUUCGUUUAAGGAUUUCAACGAUAAUCUCGAUAGAGAGAUACAAGAAAAUGUUGCUGCAGAGAAGCAAGAGUUUAGCGGAGAGAAGAUCAGCCUAAAAUUACGAGAAACCUUUAAGAAGCAUAUUUACAGAGACAAAACAGAAGAGUUGUAUAAAGUUUAUAAAGUUAGAAGUUCGUACAUGACGAACGGAGAGAGCAAGCCGAUGAUCGCUUUAUUAACGGACAAAACAUUAUACUUAACCGGCUCGAAGUUGGAUCAUUCCUACAGUAACCAAUUCGUAAUUCCUUACAACGAGCUAGACGUUAUAAUGAUUGGACCAAAUGCACAAACGAUUCUUAUCUCUAACGCCGAUUAUGAGAUGCAGUAUCUAUUUUCCACUGGCAGUUCGCAUACCACCUCGGAAUUAAUUACGCAUUUGGAAAUAGCCAUGAGAAGAUCACCAUCGAAGCCUCGAUUGCCGGCUGUUAAAGAAUUAAGUUAUGAAGACAUGCAUAUUCUGAAGCAGUCGAUAUUGUCUGAUACUGCUGUACAUCCUGAUGAAAAAAUAGAACAUUACAGUCUUAUUUAUAUGGAGGAUGAACAUAUGUCUCCUCCGAGCACACCGUGUGGCCCAACCAAAGAAGGCGAUCUUAUGUUUAGACCACACACUUAUCAGCAGAUACAUCCUAAUGCACCAAUAAAUCCUUGGGAAGCUGGAUAUUUUGUUCUUAAAGGAGGCGUGGUUUACAUGUUUACAGAUUCGAAUCAACGCCUUCCUAAACGUGCCAUUCCGUUGAAGGGUGGUCUUUGUCAAGGUUGCCGAAGAAUUCCCAACUCACAUCGACCGCAUACGUUCGAAAUACUUUUGAAACCAAAUAAAGCGUUUCAAUUUGCUGCUCCGGACGAAUACGUUGCUUCCGAAUGGUUGCAAAGUUUCGUGCAAAGUGCGUCUGGUUUGUUUGAUUGUUCUGAUAAGAGAGAACCUAUGCCCUGUAGUCUUGUCACGACUACAAGACAUCUAGUUGCCAUGAAAGAAGUAUAUCCAGGUACUCAACGCAAUCAAACGUUAUCGUGUGCUUCUGUGGAAGACUUAACAGCUUUCAGAGUACCCUUACCCGAACAAUCUUGGUGUAUAUUGGAAUUCGCUUGUCGGGAGGUUCACGAGAGUAGCGGUGAUUGGGUGAUAUACUUUACCAAUUAUACCGAGCUCUGUACUUUCAGAGAGAUUUUACAAACGUUAUGGGCUGAUGCGGAUUUGGGUGAAUUUCCUAUGGUUACGCUUCCUCCAGAAGAUAAACUUCAUCGACGCUGUUCGGACGCUAGUAAAGAUUUAGAAUAUGCUUGGCAAUAUUUAUUACCGUCAACGAUCGAAUAAGCACUAAGGUGUAUUCAUAUACACCUUACACACGAUAGAAACCCUUAAGAGAAAUAUUUUACUUUAUCUCCUGAUAAAAAGAAAAGAUCGAAAAAUUGCAUAUUGAUAACCUACAAGGUAAUAUUGAAGAAACGUAAAAACGUAAAAUGAUAUAGUACACUAUACAUUUAAAAUGCUAUGUUAUUCUAUUCCUGUGAAGUAGCAUACAACUAAAUUUUAAUGUAUGUAUUAUAUUUUAGUUUGAUUAAUUAAGCAGAAAGUUUGUGUAACGAAUUGAAUUAUUAGGUUGCCUGAUUCGAAUAGAUUAGUAAUUCUAAGUGAUAUUAAUCGUGCUAUGCACAAAACGGUGCAAUAUAUCGUCUCUAGUAUAAAGUUUUGUGAUUAUUUGCUAGUAAUUUAUAUUGAUAAAUGAAUUGUAAUAUAAUGGCAAUUGUGAAGGGUUGUGUUGCAUCACAUUGUAUGAAUGUCUAUGUACUCACAUUUAUCCAAAAAGAUAGGGUAAUAUGCAUUAAUUACGAUUAUCUUUGAGACAAUGUUCUUCAAAAAAAAAAAAAAAAAGGAAAAAAAAAGAAAAAAAAAAUCAUAAGCUUAGAUUAACUUCGCAAAAUAAUCUAAAAAUAUUACUCUGUAUACUGCUUAUACAAUGAGUAUACAAUGUAUGAUUAACAUUCCUAGUACAGGUACAGGUAACAGAGCUUUCUAAUUUUAUUCUUACAAUCGUACCUACUGAUUUACACACGCUAUUGUAUAAUAUCUUAACUUUUCAUUACAUUAUGAUUUUUCACGAAGAUUUGCUUGAAACAUUGAAAAUGUAAAGUUACAUAUAUGAUCUCAAAAUAUUACGUUUACGCUAUUGAAUUAGAUGGUUUAAGAGACUUCACGAGUCAUUAUGCGAUUUGUAAUGCUAAAAUCUUGUGAAGUAUCGUGGCAAGACAAAUAAUAAAACAGUUGUAUAUUAUUAAAAUUGCAUACAUACAAUUUCUGUUCGAUCUAACGAAAUAAUAAUUAUAUUAUAGAGUACAUCUAUUGCUAAAAUUAUAAACGACUAUAUUACGAUUACCAAUUCACUAAAAAGCACAUGUACCUUCAUCGAAUUCUAAAAAGUAAGUUAUAUAGGCAGCUUUUAUUUGUGGUCUAAAAUAACAUCCUAUUCUAUAAUUUCAUAAUUUUGUAAGUUUACCUAUUGAAUUUAUUAUUGAUGCAUUAUGAUUAAAAUUCAUACUUCAUCAUUUUCUAAAUCGUCAAUGUAGAUUUAACAAUAUAAUUUGAUUUAUGUGAUAUAUAAAUCAUAGUAAUAUUAAUUUAUAUAUUGUAUUCCAUUUCUUCUUGUAAAUUAUUUUCAUUUAUGUGGAAAGCAUAUAGUGAUAGAUUUUUUACAUAUUACAGUUAGCAUCUAAUAUAAAUAUCAAAUCUGUAUACUUUCCACAUAAAUUUUUAUUCGACAGAAAUACUAUAACAGUUAAAAAUUAAUAAAACUAUUCCAAACUAGUCAAAUAAACAAGCUUGUUACAUUCUGUAAUCAUUGCCAAGAAUAAUUUUUCAUUAAAGUUAAAACUUUCGCUCGAAGCGUGUGACUUUAGCGACAAACAUGGACGGAAUAUAAACUAAGAGUGCAACAGGGGAAUACUCCUUACUAUGCACUCCUUGCAUUAACGAAUAAGCUCGUGCGAGCUAUACUUUUCUCGCGUGAAACCAAACAGUUAGUUAAUUAAUUGGUAAAGUUAGCGCGUGAUAGAAAUUUUGUAAUAAAAGUAGUAAUAUAUCUAAUGAAAGCAAAAAUAACAAAAGUCAGAUUAUACUUCCGUGAAGACAGAUUACUUUUCAGUAAUGUUCAAAGUGUUUCUUAAUUCUAUAAACUUUAUAUUUUUUGUUUCUAGUUAAACUUACACAUAUAGCUAAAGUUUAUUUAAGUAGCCAUUCGCCCGGUACUACUUGCGUUGUAUAAUUUAAACAUAGAUUUCGACAUAUCACAAGCAUUAUCAACCCAGAUCACACCUCGUGGAGGAUGUGGCACGACGGAUUAGCGGGGUUUCUCCUCUAAAAUUCGUGUUCGAGAUACCUUUCCGCUUCGGGAGCUUCAGGCUUCUCAGCAAACUGGAGAUAUGUAAAACUCCGCUUACAAAUAUGCAGCCAUUCGCCCGGUAGUACUUGCGUUUUAUGAUAAUGUAUAUAAUUUAGUUAUAGAUUUUAGAUAUAAUUUAGACAUAGAUUCCGAUAUUGCGCAAGUACUACCGACCCAGGUCCCACCGCGUGGAGGUAGCUGCAUCUGGGGACCCACGAACUAACGGGGACUCUACUCUCUAAGAUUCGCGAGACCGGCGUGAGCAAAUAAUCGCCGAACAAAUAAAACGAAGUCCCCGGUAGGACUUUUAAUCGCGCUCGGACACUCACGUGAGUGUCCGAAUGACUCUACUGCAAAAUACGCAUUACCGGCGUAAUCUUAUCUCUAUAUUAAGCAAAUAAAACUAAGUCCACGGUAGGACACUUAAUUCGCGCCCGAACACUCACGUGGUGUUAGUACAACGGUAAUUCUACUCUAAAAUACGCGUUCCCGGUGUUCGCGAGGCAACAUGAGCGAACAGAGACAUCAAGUCCGCAACGGUAUCCUACUAGGGAUGACGUUGAGGCCGUCAGCCUCGGAUGCCCACAUCCCACCUUUAAGCACGACCGUCCGUGCCUUUCGUAUUUCGAACAAUAAAACGAAGUCCACGGUAGGACUUUAAUCGCGCCCGAACAUCCACGUGAGUGCUAGAAUAACGGUGACUCUACUCUAAUUCGCGGUCCCGCGGGGUUGCAUACACCUCACCAUGGACUCAGGUGACUAUAGAUAUAAGGUGGGUCAGUCAACGGACUGAACAUCCUUACAAAUAGCCAUAUACCAUCCUCCUCAGUAGCACAUAGACCGUCUCACUCUACAGUCAUCCGAUGACCGUAUCACGACCGGUCAUAUAUUCGUUUUUAGCAAUCAAACGAAGUCCAAUAUCGUAGGACUUUUCAUCGCGCCCGAGAACACCACGCCUGUGUCCGCCGACACACGCGCGAGUGUUCUUUCUAUCCUACCCGUAAUCGCGCCUAACAAUCGAAUAUGAAGCAAACCCUUCGACGAUACAUCGAACCUGCGCCGACAUAUCGAUAUCCGUGAAGAAGAGGAGAAGAAGAAGAGGAAGAAAAGAAAAGAAAGCCGGAACGUGCGCGCAUGUGAGAACCAUAGAACUCGGAAGAGAAGAAAGAAAAGAAUAUCAGUAGGAUGCGAUGAAACACGUGCACGAACGCGUGAAAUAGAUGAAAUUGAAAAGAAAAGAUGGGCAUAGAACAUCGACCAAAACCAGAGAACGAAAAUCUAGCUGGGUUUUUGGUAUUGAAAGAAGGAGACCCGCACAGAAGCCCACGCCCAUGAGCCCCUCCCAUGGGUCCCACCCGAGAGAGACUAUGAUAAUUAAUCUCGAAUAAAUAUUUCAAUAUUAUAGAUCUAACAAUUUCAAAGAAUAGAUACGUGAAUUGACUAAUGAAUAUACGGAAAGUGUAAGAAAGAAUGUAAAAUGUACGUCCUUCGAUGUUUAAUUUGGAAUUACAUAGGAGAAAUUUUGGAGAAGUCUUAAAGAACGCAGCCAUUCGCUCGGCAAUACUUGCACACCAUAAGAUAUUGAUGAAACACAAGUACUUCCGACCCAGGUCCCACCGCGUGGAGGUUGCUGCAGUUGGAGACCCACGGGCUGACGGGGUCUCUAGUCUGAAAUUCGCGUGACCGGCGUGAUCAAGUAAUCGGCGUUCAAUAAAACGAAGUCCCCGGUAGGACUUUUAAUCGCGCCCGAACACUCCCGUGAGUGUUAAAAUAACGGUGACUCUACUCUAAAUUCGCGUUCGCGGCGUCCACGUACCAACCGAGAAUUCAGGCGGCUAACAGGAGGAGGGUCAGUCCACGCUUACGGAUAGCAAACCAUAUUACUCGGCAGCACACGAACCGACACACGACCGAUCAUUAUUCGGUUUAGCAAUCAAACGAAGUCCAUUACCGUAGGACUUUUAUUCGCGCCCGAGAACACCACGUCUGUGCCCGCCGACACAGGCGGAAAUGUUCUUCCUAUCGUACCCGUAUUCGCGUCUAACAAUCGAUCAUGAACCGAACCUUUCGACGAUACAUUGGACCUACGCCGAUAUAUCGAAAUCCGCGAAGAAGAGGAAAAGAAAACCGGAACAUGCGCGCACGUAAAACCGAUAGAACUCCGAAGAAAAGAUGGACAUAGAAUAUCGGUAUUCCCGACAUAAACCAGAGUACGAAAAUUGAGUUCGAUUUUUCCGUACUGAAAGAAGGAGACCCGCACAGAAGCCCACGCCCAUGAGCCCCACUCAUGGGACCCACCCGAGAGGAACUGUAAUAAUUAUCUUGAAUAAUUAUUUCAAUUAUUACAUACGUCAAAUAUAUUAAUAUUACUACGCGAAUCCACGAAUAAAAAUGACUGUGAACUUAUUGCUGGAUAUACGAAAGAUGUAAGAAACAAUGUGAAAUGUAAUUUGGAAUUACAUAGAAAAGAUCUUGGAAAAAUGUAGAAAUGUGCAGCCAUUCGCUCGGAAAUACUUGCAGCUUCCAAGAUUUCGAUACACAACAAGUACUGCCGACCCAGGUCCCACCGCGUGGAGGUUGCUGCAUGUGGAGACCCACGGACUAACGGUGACUCUACUUUUUACUACUUCUACUACUAUCAAGAAAGCAAAGCAACGGGGCGACCUCCACUCCCGACGAAUUCAAGCCUCCAAACGCUAAAAUUGCAGCCCCAUGCGUCUCCGCAUUUGGGAACCGACUUACGCAUAGCUCAACUAUCCAACAUCGGAAGCUUCGAUCACCACUUAAGCACGACCGAUUGUGCUUUCGCGACAAACGCCGGAACCCAAAAUGGAAUCUACCGCAGUCACGAUACUUACGCGAGCAUUCCGGAAACACUCACGCGAAUAUGUUGAAUGCGUUAGAGCCAAUUUUGGACUUAAUCGCGCCCGAGAACACCAACGCCUAUGCCAGCCGACAUAAGCGAGUGUUCUUCUAUCUUGCCCGAACGGGAGAAAAGAAAUCCAUCUACGCCAGAGGUAGAAAGAUUCUUUAAACACCCGUGUAAAAAUCUAAAUCCCUCCAUGGUCCUUGGGCGGUGGAACGGUUGCGGCACGUGGAAAUGCACGGACUAACGUGGACUCUACUCUAAAAUCCGCGAUCCGAGAUGCCUUUCCGCUUCGGGAGCUUCAAGCUUCUCAGCAAACUGGAGAUGUAUAAAACCCCGCUUACAGAUCGCUCCACCGUCCACACCGUCGGCUUCAGACAUCUCGAGACACGACCGGUCGUGUCUAUUUCGAUUCCCAAAUCAAAACGUAGUCCUCGGCAGGACUUAAACUCGCGUCCGCGAACACCCACGCGCGUGCCGGCCGUCACGCGCGUGGGUGUUUUCUCUAUCAUUCGCGUACGGAAGCAAGGAGACAUACCCUCCCUGCAUAUAAUAAAGAUUAUAUGCAGAGAAGUUCCUUUAACUCCCGUGUAAGAAUCCGUCCCUCCAUCACCUAACCUGAAACAGAAAAAUAAUAAAAGAGUAAAAGAUAAUCCUGUAAAAAUUACAUGCGAAAUUAUAUGUAAAAUGCCAUUAUAUACAAUAACUUCCCUGUAAAAAUAUAAUUUCACCAUGGUAGAUCCGUCGAUGACCUAACCUGAAACAUAGAAAGAGAAAAAGGAGAAAAGCAUAUUAUAAUAAGUAGAAAUAUAGAUAUUAAAAAGAAGUGCAUAAAUAAAUAUAAAUGCAUAUAAUUAAUACGUAUAUAUAGGAUUAAUAAAAGUCUAUAUUGAAUCUAAAUGUAUGUAAUUAAUAGAAAUGAAAAGUAAUUCAAUAAAUGAAAUUCACGAUGA